AUUCCCCCGGCGAUGGUCGCUUGCCACAUUUGCGAGAGCUUCCGGAUGCUCUACUGGAAGAAUGCGCGAGCUGCCGGGGCCUGCUUCCAUUUCUGAGAAUUCUGUCCCGCUUCUCAGCGAUGGAGCAGGGAAUGCGGGGAAGAACAGGCUACUGGCGGCAUUGAAGGCGUGUAGCCGAUCCAGGGAUUUGAGGGCCGGGAAGGCGCUCCAUUUGGAAGCGAUCCGAGAGAGGCACGACUCCGACACCUAUGUUCUAAACAGCCUGGUAAAUAUGUAUGCAAAGUGUGGAAGCAUGGCGGAUGCCAGGAGAGUUUUUGACAGGAUGAGCAGCGCUCGGCGAACGGUGGUGUCGUGGAAUUCCUUGCUUCUCGGCUAUGCCGAGAAUGGGGAGGAGGAGCUCUGCUUGGAGAUGAUAGCGGAGAUGGUGUCUCAAGGCUGGAGGCCGGAUGCUCUCACUUUCGUCGCUGCUAUCAAGGCUUGCACGAAGAUGGCGAUGAAAGAACUAGGCCGGGAGAGAAAGAUGGUUUUGCUGGAGAGAGGCAGGGAUUUUCACGCUGGAGCUGCCAAGUUUGGAUUCGACAGGGAUGCUUUUGUGUCGAGUAGCCUGGUGAAUUUCUACGCGAGGUGUGGGAGCAUGGAAGAUGCUCGCAAAGUUUUUGACGAGAGAGGUGGUGCUCGAGGAAACAAAAACGUCGUGUCGUGGAACUCUUUGCUCCUGGGGUACGUCGACAACGAAGAACCGGAGAGUGCUCUCGAGCUCUUUUCUGUCAUGCAGCAGCAAGGCUUGGCGGAUUCUCUGAGCUUUGUGGCGGCUCUCAAGGCUAGCUCUUGCCUGGCGGUGAGAGAACAAGGCAGACAGGUUGAUGGGAGGCUUGUGAAAGUCCGGGCCUUGGAAAGAGGCAAGUUUCUCCAUCUGCAAGCCAGGAAAAGUGGUUGCGAGCUCGAGAACUUUGUCUCAAACUCGCUGAUCGACAUGUAUGCCAAGUGCUGGAGCAUGGCCGAAGCGAGAGAAGUGUUUGAGAGGAUGCCGGAUCGCAGUGUUGUUUCGUGGAACGCGUUGCUGCUUGGAUAUGUCGAGAAUGGUGAAGGAGAUGUGGCUUUGGAGCUCUUUGCUUUGAUGCGGCCUCCGCGAGCCUGUCAGCCAAAUGGCCUCACGUACGUUGCGGCACUCAAGGCUUGCUCCACUCUUGCCAGAAGCUCUCCAAAAGAGAAUGGCGUGGUGCUGGAAAAAAUCACGGCUCUUCGUUCUCGAGCUGCAGAGGCCGGGUUUACGGACGAUAACUUUGUAGCAAACACGCUGGUGGACGUUUAUGCGAAGUGCGGGAGCUUGGCUGAUGCGAAGAUGGUGUUCGACAAGAUGCCGUGCCCGGAUGUUGUGUCCUGGAAUGCGAUGAUUCUCGGCUACGCGGAGAAUGGCAAGGAAAAUCUGGCCUUGGAGAUGUUUGGUUUGAUGCGCCGGAAGUGUCCAGCGAGCUCUCUCAGCUUUGUGGCUGCUCUCAAGGCCUGCACGAGUCUAGCUUUGAGAGAAGACCAAGAACAAGAGGAAGAAGGAAAAGCUUUCAGCGAGAGCAAAGCUUUCAAGGCGGAAGCUCUGGAGAAAGGAAAGGCAGUCCACUUUGAUGCUGUGAAGUCGGGGCUCGAUUCUGAUGGUUAUGUCGCAAGCUCGCUGGUAAACAUGUAUUGCAAGUGUGGAAGCAUUACCGAGGCUCGGAAGGUGUUCCACAGCAUCAGAGACCGCCGGAGUCUUGUUUCGUGGAACAUACUGCUGCUGGGACUCACGGACAAUGGUGAGGCUUCUGCGGCUCUGGAGCUUUUCUCUCGCAUGCUCCACGAUGGUUUGCUGCCAAAUCCUUUAUCUUUUGCUGCGGUACUAAAGGCCUGUGUUUUCUGUGCAGUGAGAAGUGAGGAGGACGAGCGUGUGAGAGAUCGUUUGCUGAAGAAAGGGAGGAACAUCCAUUUCCAAGUAUUGGAGGCUGGUUAUGACUCGGAUAUAUGUCUGGCUAACACGCUUGUGGACUUCUAUGCCAAGUGUGGAAGCCUGGAGGAGGCGAGAAAGGUAUUUGAUACUCUUGCCUGCCGCAGCUUGGUUUCAUGGACCUCGCUAAUGCUGGGAUAUGUCGAUGCAGGUCGAGGAGACGAGGCCUUGGAACUUUUCGCCAGGAUGCAAACCGAAGGCUGCGAAGGUGAUGCCUUGACGCUUGUUGCGGCGCUCAAAGCUUGUGCUAUCCAACGAAAACUCUCGACUGGGAAGGCUCUACACUCCCAGGCUGCGAAGCACGAGUAUGAUUCCAAGGACGUUUACGUUGCGAGCGCUCUGAUCAGCAUGUACUCCAACUGCGGCAGCUUGGCCGACGCUCAACGAGUUUUCGACAAAGCAGCUCGCAGGGAUGUCGUGGUGUGGAACUCUUUGCUGCUGGGGUACGCAGAGAAUGGAGAUCCAGAGUCAGCACUGGCUUUGUUCACGAGCAUGCAAGAGCUGCAGAUAUCACCAAACGCUCAGACUUAUGGAGCGGCAAUCAAGGCCUGUUCUAGACUGGAAAGCUUGCGAGGUGUCCAUGCUUCGAUUUGCAGAAGUGGUCUGGAAGACAACGUGCACCUUGCGACCGGUUUAGUCGAUGUUUAUGGGAAAUCUGGAAGCUUGGUUAGCUGUCGACUGUUCUUUGAGACACUCGGAAGUUCUUCCCGUGAUCUGGUAACUUGGAACUCAGUUAUAGCAGGACACAGCCGCUUGGGAGAAGCAGCCGCGGUGGAAGAUCUGUUUCAUAUGAUGCUCCAGCAGGAUGGUCUCCGGGCCGACGGUGUAACUUUCGUGAGUUUGCUCAGCGCUUGCAACCAUGCCGGCCUGGUUGCCAAAGGCAAGAGUUACUUCAAGGCGAUGAGCUCCAAGUAUGGAGUUACUCCAGUGGCGAUGGUGGAAGCGAUGGCUUACGAGCCGGAUGCCGUGACUUGGAUGACACUCUUGAGUGCGUGCAGCAAGUGGAGGAAUUUAGAGGAAUCUACGAGACGUCGACGAACAAAGAAGUGUGAGAUCAUAGGCCGAGGUAUCAAAAGAACUUUCACUCUCCAGGAUUUCGAUGAUCCCCGUGCAAGUGGGAGAGAUUUAAAGUUCUCUGGUGUGGAUUUAUCAUCGGCUAAGCCAGGAACAAAAUCCAGGCACACGCAAGAGCCAACGUAUCACACCCAUCGCUACAGUCCAUUCCAGAAAUGUGCCAAAGACGUAUACGAUAUGAUAGCUACAAAAAUUUAACACUACGAAUCAUGGAAAUGCGAAUAUCUCUGCGCCGGCAUAUGCCUCGCCGCCGACGUGGCGCCUCGUCAUUGCU